AUGGCGUCCCCAAAGGAGACUGCGGAAGCUGAGGUGGCGGCCGCCCCCCCUGCCGACGCGACCGCUCUUGAGGAGGGCCAGGUCAGCGAAGGAAGCUCAGACGAGAGAGACUCCUCCCCAGACCAGUCGCCUCCCGACGCCGCAGACAAUGACGCAGAGUCUUCCACAAGCCCGAAAGCUGAUGGUCCGCCCGAGAGCGCAAGCGAUGCGCCUCCGCUGCCUGCCGGACCUCCGCCCGGAUCAGAGCCGGCAGACGAUGGCUGGUCAGCCGAGUGGGACGCUGCACGGAGCGCGUGGUAUUUCUACAACCGCUUCACCGGCGUCUCACAAUGGGACAACCCGCGAGUACCAGAAGCGUCCGCCGCCCAGGCUGCUAGCACCACUGCGCCUGGCACAGGGGCGUCUUCUACCUCCGAGCCUACAUCCGUCGCGGGCGGGUAUAAUCCAGCCAUCCAUGGCUCCUGGGACCCGAACGCGCCCUACGCGCAAGCAUACACGCAACCCGAGGAGGAGGCAGAUGAUGGCGUUGAGCAGCUCCCUGAUCCCACGCUCCUGCAGGUCCCUGGGGCCCACUUCAACAAGCGCACUGGCAAGUUUCAGAUGGCGGACCAGGGGCCCGACAGGCACAAUGACGAGGCGAAGAGCUACCGUCAGAUGAACAACUUCUUCGAUGUCGAUAAGGCGGCCAACUCGCACGACGGUCGGAGCUUGAAAGCUGAGCGGCAGGGGAAGAAGCCGACCAAGAAGGAGCUCUCAAUGUGGAAGGAGAAGCGCAAAGCCAGGAAAGAAGAGAAAAGACGCGCCUGGCUGCGCGAUUGA